AUGUCAGAUGAGAAAAUAGACCAAACAGAAGAGGUGGUGAAAAGAACACCACCUUUGCCACCGGUGCCGGAAGGUUUGUCCAAAAAGCAAUGGAAGAAAAUAUGUAAAAGACAAAGGUGGGAGGAUAACAAAGUGAAAUAUAAUGCGGAACGUCGUGUGAAGAGGAAGAGGCUACGUCACGAGAGAAGUGCGAAGAUCCAAGAGUACAUUGACAAGGGAGAAGAAGUCCCACGGGAGUUGGUUAGAGAGCCUCGGGUCAAUGUAAACCAAGUCGAUUCUGGGAUCGAGAUCAUACUCGACUGUUCCUUUGACGAACUGAUGAACGACAAGGAAAUAGUCAGUUUGUCGAAUCAGGUCACAAGGGCAUAUUCCGCCAACAGAAGAGCGGAUCAUUUCGCGGAAAUUAAAGUGGCGCCUUUCGAUAAAAGACUAAAGAAAAGAUUUGAAACCGCUCUGCACGAUACGAAUUACGACAACUGGAACCACUUCAAAUUCCUACCAGACGACAAAAUUAUGUUUGAAGACGAGCACGUAAGCAAGGACAAAAUAGUGUACUUAACUGCCGACACAGACGAGAAACUAGAGAGGCUGGAACCGGGCAUGAGGUACAUCGUUGGGGGUAUUGUAGAUAAGAACCGCUAUAAGGAGUUGUGUCUCAAAAAAGCCCAAAAGCUAGGCAUCCCAACGCGGAGACUGCCUAUCGACGAGUAUAUCAACCUGGAGGGUAGAAGGGUGCUGACCACGACGCACGUGGUGCAGCUCAUGCUGAAAUACUUUGAUGGCCAUGACUGGAAGAACGCUUUUGAAAGCGUUUUACCGGCCAGAAAGCUAGAGGCAGAAACAGCAUCCACGACCGACGACGCAUAA